CUCUAUAUAAAGCACACCUUGAUCCUCGAAGACGAAAGCCAUCCAAGCUAGCUUACUCUUCUCUCUGCCUCUCUCACCCAAACGUCGGCAGCACUGUCUUUCCUCCUGCACAAUGGCGACGGCUCAGGUUCAGCAAGUCGUGGCGGCACCUGCGCACGACAACAGCUGCGUAAAGGAGGAAGAGAAGAACCACCAGAUCAUCCAAGACACGCCCUGCGCCGAGGUGAAAGAACCAGCUUCUCAUGCCAAGGUACACGACGAUAAUGGGGGCUGCAAGGACGAGGAGGGCAAGGGCGAGCUGGAAGUCGCCGCCACCGACACCGACACCAACACCGAUGAGGGUCAGGGCAUAGCACAGGAGGUCGCAGCCAAGCUCGCCAUCCAGAACGGCCCUGCAGAAGCAGAAGCUGAGCACACCAAGGAAGGACGAUCCGGCCGUGGGGCGAAGAAGACAGACAAAGCAGCCGCCAAGGCCAAGGGGGCGAUCGUUCCCGUGGACGACGAUACCGAUGAUGAGGUCGCUGCGCCCGAAGGGGUAAAGAAGACCGAGAAAACGGCGGUCAUUCCCAUCGACGACGAGACUGACGAAGAGGUUGUUGCGCCCGCAGAUGACCAGGCUCCGGUGGCAGCAUCUGUCGCUCCUGAAGAGGCGGCGGAGGCAGCCGAGGAGGAAGUGACCAAAAAUGGCAAGGAAGAUGCAUGUGAGGAGAAGGCUCACGAGGAGUAGUAGGGUGUCGUUGCGUUGCGCUUUGCUUUGUCGGUCUUAGUUUAUCCAAGUCAAUAAGGAACGGUAAGGUGCUGAGUAGUGAAUUUGGUCAGGUUUAAGGUUGUAAUCCAAGAGUCCAGUCGAUCCAUAUUACUGUCAUGUAGUGUAUUGCCUACAAUAAAAUCGUAUCGUGUUGUGAAAA